GGCGACCCAGAUCCCUUUACAGCCCAGAAAAAGAACCUUCUCCUCUCUCUUUCUCUCUCAUUCUCUCCCACACGCAGGCUCACCUAACAGAAUUGCGGGAGAAAGCCAGAGAUGAAUUGGGAGAAAGAAAAGAAAUUAAUUAGAGAGACCGAGAAAAAUUCACCAUGAAAGCAACUCAUCAUUCUUUGAGCUUCUUUUUUAUUCUUCUGUCUUUCGCUGUUAUCUCUGACGGGUUUGCUGCUACUCUAAAUUCUACCAGUACUCUUGUUCACACUCUAACUCACCGGAGAAUUCUUCACCAACCAUUGUUUCCGGUAGGGUCGGCUCCCCCACCCGAGUCUAAUCCUCCUCCUCCUCCUCCACCACCAGCACCACCAUCGGACCCCAGCACCGAGUACCCGUUCUUCCACGAAGGCGGGUCUCCCCCGGAUCAGAUUCAACCGCCACCUGUCUCGUCUUCCAAUGGCAACACCAUGCCAAUCCCGGUGGCAACGCAGCCUGCGAAGCAAACCAAAACCGUCGCGAUUGCAAUCUCCGUCGGGAUUGUCACUCUGGGAAUGCUCUCCGCGCUUGCAUUCUUCCUCUACCGGCACCGUGCCAAACACCCCGGCGACUCUUCCAGGAAGCUCGUAGGAGGACGCAGUUCCGAGAGGUUCACGGGAGAAAACCGAGUCCCCCCGUCGGAAUUCCUUUACAUUGGAACCGUGGAACCGAGCCGGAGUUCCAUCACAGAGGCCAGCGGAGCCAAUGGAGUGGGAGCAAACAGUAACAGGUCCCCUUAUCACAAGCUCAAUUCGAUUAAAAGAUCGGAUCGGUACCGCCCAAGUCCCGAGUUGCAGCCGUUGCCGCCUUUACCCAAGCCUCCAGAGGUGAAUUCCCCGUCAGCCAGGUCCUCGUCCGACGAUGAAAGCCACGACAUGGCGUUUCAUUCGCCCAACUGCUCCUCGAUCAGUUACGAAGAAACUAGCUACUAUACGCCGAGUUCCCGUACUCUAAGCUAUACGCCUUAUAACGACAACAAUGGCGGAUCGGCCCAGGCUAUUCCCAUCAUUCCCCAUUCCAAAAGAACUUCCCCUAAAUCCCGGUUCUCCUCUUCAUCUCCGGUCAAGAUACAGUCAUUAAUUAAUCAGGCUCAGCCCCCGCCUCCGCCACCGCCCCCGCCUCAGCCUCCAUCCUUGCCACUACAGACUCAAGUGGUGGAGACCCAAGAAGCAAUUCCAUAUCCUCCCGUAAGACCAAAGUUUUCGUCACCACCGCCACCACCAAACAUGGCUCGACUUCAGUCGAUAAGCAUCCCAUCCAAGCAAGUUUCCGUAACUACAGUUCCGCCUCCGCCCCCGCCUCCUCCCCCGCCUCGGCCUCCGAUAUCAACGCCAACUCCUCCUCAAGCAUCAAGGAAGUCGCUAUCCUGGACUUCAAGCCCCAAAGCCACUUCUUCUUCUGAGAAUGGGAUGACUAAAACUACAGCAACUCAACGAAUAAGUGAGAGUGAGAGGAGCUCUUGUGAGAGGCAGCUUGAUUGGGAUGAUGAAAAGGAAGGAAUAAAACCGAAGUUGAAGCCCCUGCAUUGGGACAAAGUUCGGGCAACCUCAGAACGAGCCACGGUGUGGGACCAGCUCAAAUCAAGCUCCUUUCAAUUGAAUGAGGACAUGAUGGAAUCUCUUUUCGGCUGCAAAUCUGCGAAUUCGGUUCCAAAACAGCCUACUAGAAAGUCGGUUCUCCCUCCUGUUGAACGGGAAAACAGGGUGUUAGACCCAAAGAAGUCCCAGAACAUCGCUAUACUGUUAAGAGCACUGAAUGUGACGCGGGACGAGGUGUCCGAAGCUCUUUUAGAUGGUAAUCCCGAAGGCUUGGGUGCUGAGCUUUUGGAAACACUGGUAAAGAUGGCUCCAACUAAGGAGGAAGAGAUAAAACUUCGAGACUACCGUGGUGACAUCUCAAAACUAGGGUCUGCGGAGCGAUUUCUCAAGGCAGUUUUGGAUAUCCCAUUUGCGUUCAAAAGAGUUGAAGCCAUGCUGUACAGAGCUAACUUUGAUACAGAAGUUACAUACCUGAGAAAGUCUUUUCAAACCCUUGAGGCAGCAAGUGAAGAAUUGAAGAACAGUCGAUUAUUCUUCAAACUCCUUGAAGCUGUUCUCAGGACAGGAAACCGAAUGAAUGUUGGAACCAAUCGUGGUGAUGCCAAAGCUUUUAAACUUGACACACUCUUAAAACUUGCAGAUAUAAAGGGAACAGAUGGGAAGACCACAUUGCUCCACUUUGUGGUCCAAGAGAUUAUCAGAUCAGAAGGUACCGGCAGUGAUUCAACAAAUGAGAAUGUCCAAAACAAAGUGCAUUUAAAAAUAGAAGAUAAUUUCAAGAAACAAGGGCUGCAGGUUGUGGCUGGGUUAAGCAGAGACCUCGGCAAUGUCAAGAAAGCAGCAGGAAUGGACUCAGAUGUCUUGAGCAGCUAUGUCUCUAAGCUUGAAAUGGGACUUGACAAAGUCAGAUUGGUUUUGCAAUGUGAGAAGCCAGAUAUGCAAGGGAGAUUCUUCAACUCAAUGAAACUAUUUCUGAAAGAGGCAGAAGAGGAAAUUGCUAGAAUCAAGGCUGAUGAAAAAAGGGCAUUGUAUAUUGUAAAAGAGGUCACAGAAUAUUUCCAUGGGAAUGCUGCAAAGGAAGAAGCUCAUCCAUUCAGAAUUUUCAUGAUUGUAAGAGAUUUUCUUGGCAUACUGGAUCAAGUGUGCAAGGAAGUCGGGAUGAUGCAGGAUAGAACAAUGUUGGGUUCCGCCCGAUCCUUUCGGAUAUCUGCAACUGCUUCACUACCAGUUCUCAAUAGGUAUAACGUGAAUCACGACAGAAGCUCGGAUGAAGAAAGCUCGUCUCCUUGAAAUCCUGUUAAUAAUGACAUAAUGAACCUCUUAGAGAGACAAUCCCAUAAGUAGAUACUUCCUUUGUUAUAGACUCAUAUCAGAGGAGUAGAAUGAUGGAGAUGUGAAAGCACUUCAGAAGGAGUUUAUCAGUCAUAAAAAUCCCAGUCCACACAUAGAGGCAACAUUCAAUAAUUAACAAGACAAGGCUUCCAAAAGAAGAACUGUGUUCUGUUGUGAUCACAGAUGCAUACAGUCAAAUCUUGGACAUCGAUUAUUUGUACUAUGAUAGAAGAGAGAGAUGAGUGAGUGGUUCAUCCAAUUGGAAGGAAAAGGGGCAUCAAAAGACAAGGACAGUGUAUUCCCUUCACCGAAGUGCACGGCCAGCUGAGUAAUUUCUAAAUGAAAAAGGGAAAAACAGACAUUUUUUCCUCGAUCCAACUCAUAUUCUAUAGUUAAGAUAGGUUCCCUUUUUUUAGAUCAGAUUCCCACACAUUUUCAAGAAAUCAGAUGUUUUGUUGUUUUACCUAUGAUGCCUUGAUCUGCAUUUAUUUGAUAAGUUAUUAAUAAUAAGUUGCAGUUUUUUCAGCA